GGUUCUGGUCAUAGUUUCGGUUUAUCAACAAUUUGUCAACAGAUAUUCGAUAAGGAUUAGAUAAUAAAAACAUAAAUUCAAAUGAAAACGACUAUAAAUCCUCAUUAGUUCCAUCAGUGAGUAUUGGACUAUCCCUGCAGACACAAGUUUAAUACAAUGUCGGAAAUAACUGGUCAUUGCGCACAUCAAAGUUUAGGCAUUGGAAACACUUUAGUGUCAACCCUUUUGCACACUCUUCUCGCUGCUCAAUGUGCAGUAUCUCCACCAGAUCUCUGGCCAAAAGACUUCGGUCCAACUUACAUACAAAACGGUUUGGACACAUACGAUUUUGUGGUUAUUGGAGCUGGAACUGCAGGUUCUGUGGUAGCAAGUCGACUAAGUGAGAAUCCAAAAUGGAAAGUUUUGGUAUUGGAAGCUGGUGGAGAUCCCCCAGUUGAAACAGAGAUCCCUGGUAUAUUUUUUACUGUUCAACACUCAAAAUUCAAUUGGAAUUAUUACACCGAACCGGAUGGCAAAAGCUGCUUAGGUUAUAAUAAUCAAACAUGUUACUGGCCCAGAGGAAAAAUGAUUGGUGGAACUGGAGCUAUCAAUGCCAUGUUGCAUGUUCGAGGAAUAAGUCAAGAUUACGAUAACUGGGAGCGCAGUGGGAAUCCUAAUUGGGCCUGGAAAGAUGUUCUUCCAGUUUUUGAAAAAUCUCAACAGAACAAUGAAUCUGAGUCAAACGGUUCUGCUUGUGUUAAAGAUUUCGAUGUACAAUAUCCAGAAAUUCGAGAAAUGUUGUUUAGUGGAGCUGAAGAACUGGGUCUACAUAAAAUUGACAUUACAAAGGAAUAUAUUGGAUAUGCUACAAUAAAGGGAAACAUUGAUAAUGGUGUUCGAGCGAGUACUGGUAAAAGUUAUUUGGCAAAAUCCAAGCAUAGACCAAACCUUCAUGUAAUAAAAAAUGCCAUAGUUACGAAGAUUAAUUUUGAUAAGAAGGGUCAAGAGGUAACAGGAGUAACUUUUGUCUACAACGAUCAACAACAACUAUCAGUAAAUAUUGCUAAAGAGGUUAUUGUAUCAGCUGGUGCAUUAGACUCUCCGAAAAUUCUAAUGCUCUCCGGAAUAGGUCCCGAAGAACACCUCGAAAGUAUUGGUGUUCCUGUUUUAAGUAAUUUAAGAGUCGGUGAUAACCUUCAAGAUCAUUUGAUGACUCCAUUAUUCUUCAAAAUAGAUGAAAGUAAAAUCAAAGCUGAGUCAUUGAGAGAUCAACUCGAUGCAACUUAUUCAUACCUUCUUAAUCAAACAGGGUCUUUGGCUGGUAUUGGAACUGUUGCCGUUACUGGAUUUUUGAAUUCCAAGGAGGAUUCUUCCAGUCCAUUUCCUGAUAUUUUAUUUCAUAAUAUGUUUUUGCAGCGUGGAACCCCAGCAUUUGAAACAUGGGUUAAAGCUACUGGGUUAAACGAUGAAAUAGCACAAAGUAUUCACGAAAUACACAAAGAUAGCCACUUGCUUAUGGUUUUGGUGAAACUUCUUAGACCAAAAUCAAUUGGAAAUGUUCGUUUGCAUAGUUCUGAUCCAAAAGAUCCUCCGAAAAUGUUUGCAAAUUACUUGGACGAUCCUGAGGACGUUGAUACUUUCUUGAGAGGAAUCAAAUUCCAAAUGAAAUUAGAAGAAACAGCUGCAUUUAAGGAACAAAAUGCUAAAAUUGCUCAAAUGAAUUUACCAGAAUGUGAUAAAUUUCCGUUUAAAAGUGACAACUAUUGGAAGUGUUAUAUGAAAUAUAUGUCAAAUACAGUUUACCAUAUGUCAGGAACUGUUAAAAUGGGUCCCGAUACAGAUUCGAGUGCUGUGUUAGACUGGCGAUUGAGAGUCAAGGGUAUUAAGGGGCUGAGAGUUGCUGAUACCAGUAUUAUGCCGAACAUUGUUAGUGGAAAUCCAAAUGCUCCAGCUAUUAUGAUUGGGGAAAGAGCUGCUGAAUUCAUAGCUGAAGAUUGGAAUAAACUAAAUACACAUACUGAGUUGUAGAUUAAAGCAAAUUGAUAACAAAUCAAUAAUUAACU